UUUGUGAGCGACACUCCUAAUAUGAUUUUUUUAAUUCUUAAGGUGAAAUAAUCGUAAUCAUCCCACCAAAACUCCUGCACGUAUAGUUUGUAGACAUAUAGUAGCAGUACUUCAGCUCCUAAAUUAGGUACUGUUUCUUUACACUUUCAGUGUAUAUAAAGCAAACCCUUACAACAAUUAUUUAUCAUAGUCCCCUGCAUUUUUUUUUAAUGCAAAAGCAAGAAAAUCAGAUUAGAGCUCUGUCUGAUCUUGCUACUUGCAGAUAAACCAAAUAUUUCAUGUGGCCCAAUUUUUAGUUCUUUUUUUUUUCAUUGACCAAUUUCAUUUAAACAUGGCAUUAUAAUUUUUUUUUUAAAAAGUUGAAGUGUCAUCAAAGUGUUCAUUACCAACAUGGAACAAUCAAGAAAACAAGAUGAAUCAGAGUUCAACUUAAGGGAAUGGGCUCUUAAGGCUAAACUAAACAGAGAAAAAACCAAUUCAAGAAGGUACUCUGCAUCUUAUAUUAGAAGUUUUAGAGAAGAGGCAAAAUCUUUUAGAUCAAAUGUAACAAUUUCAAGUACUGCUUCCUCUCCUGGCUACACCUUAAGAGAGGAAAUUGAUCCAUCAAAAUAUUCUUUUACCACUGCCCUCAAAGCAUUACAGGCAAAAACAAUAUAUAGUUGGGAAUACAUGUCACCAGAUGGUUUGGCUUUGAAUUCGAAAUGGAAUGAAGCUGAGAAAUAUAUAUGUAAUCCAUUGUCAGGGGAAGUUCCUUUAGAAUGUUUGUCUGCAAAAAUACUAAGUGGAAGAUCAUUUAGACAACCAUCAAGCAGAAUUACUAUUUCAGGUCCUCUUAUUUAUCCUUCUCAGAUUCAGAGUACACCACAAGUCCAAACAAAGCACCAUGUGAAAAAACCUUCUUUUUCUACACAUGAAGAAGUUGAAAUCAAAAUCCCAACCAAAGAGAAGAAAGAAGUUAGCAUUACAAGAGAUGUGGGAACACAGAGCAUUUCAGCUUAUGUAAGUUCAAGUAGUCCAAGUCCUGCUCCAACUCCAUCAAUUGAAGAAAUGUCUAUGAAGCUAAGUGAAGCAGCUGACUCCUCAACUAUGACUACUCCAUCCAUUAAAGAAAUUUCCUCAGAUCACUCUCCUGUCACUACUCCUAAAUUAAAAUCUGAGCAAGAGGUGGAAAUGAAAGAAAUAGGAGAAGAAGACACAAAAAGAAAUGAAGAAAUUCAAGAAGAAGGAGAGAGAAAGAAAGUGAAAUUGGGUGGGGGGUGUUUGUCAUGGAAGAGUUUGUGGAUGAGAAGAACAAGGCAGAGAGAGAAGCAUAAAUCAAGAAACAACAACAUUUUUCUUUGCCAUAUAAAUGGAUGUUAUAAACACUAAAAUUCAAAAAAUAAUAAAAAAAAAACAUGUCCUUGGGGAUAGAAAGAUUCUCUUUCCAUCACACCCUUUGUCUAUUCUUAGAUUCUAGUAUAUCUACCAAGGAUCUAUAAAACAUGCAUGUCUAUUCUAAUAUCUUGUCAUGAACAUUUUUUUAUAGAGCUUUAAAUUAUCUUGA